AUGCAGCGCAAGUUUAAGAUAAAGGUUCCAGCAUCGUCGGCCAAUAUUGGGCCGGGCUACGACGUGCUGGGCAUCGGGCUGGGGCUGUUCCUGGAGCUGUCUGUCAGCAUUAACUCGGAGCAGGCGCAACUGACCAACGCAGACCCCAACAAUUGCCACCUGGAGUACACGGAGGACAGCGAAGGGUACGCAUCUGUGCCGCUGCGCUCGGACGAAAACCUAAUUACCCGCACAGCGCUUUACCUGCUGCGCUGCAACAACAUCCGCAGCUUUCCUGCUGGCACGCAGAUCGUGGUGCAUAACCCAAUCCCGCUGGGCCGCGGGCUGGGGUCUUCCGGGGCUGCCGUCGUGGCCGGCGCGCUUCUCGGGAACGAGAUUGGGCAGCUGGGGUUCUCUAAGCAACGUGUGCUCGACUUUUGUCUAAUGAUCGAGCGGCACCCGGACAACAUCACGGCUGCCCUGAUGGGUGGCUUCUGCGGCUCGUUCCUGCGCGACCUGACGCCUGCCGAACUAGAGCGGCGCGAAAUUCCUCUUGCUGAGGUUCUGCCGGGCCCGCGUGCGAGCGGCGGCGAGGACACCGGCAUGUCGCCGCCGGAGCCACCGUUCAACAUUGGCCAGCAUGUCAAGUACAACUGGAACCCUGCAGUCAAGUGCCUCGUUGUUAUUCCAAACUUUGAGCUGUCGACGGCAACCUCUAGAGAGGUUCUUCCCCAGGCAUACACCACGAAGGACCUUGUUUUCAACCUGCAGCGUCUGGCCGUGCUGACGACUGCGUUGUCGCAGAAUCCGCCGAACCCGGAAUUGAUCUACCCUGCUAUGCAGGACAGGGUCCACCAGCCCUACCGCAAGACUCUCAUUCCUGGUUUGUCCGAGAUCUUGAGUAGCGUGACGCCCACCACCCACCCGGGCCUGCUGGGCAUCUGCUUGUCGGGAGCGGGUCCAACCAUCCUGGCUUUGGCUACGGGAAACUUCGAGGAUAUUGCGGGAGAGAUUGUCGCGCGCUUCUCCAAGUGGAACGUGACGUGCACCUGGAAGCUCUUGGACAUCGCUGAGCAGGGUUCUGCCGUCGAAGCCUAA